AUGGCCUCGAACCCUCCAGGAAAAUGCUGCACCGUCGGCGUCAGGCAUGAAGGCCAGCCAACAGGCAAGUCGCUCAAAGUCGCCAGCAAGUGGGAUGGCUAUCUUGCCGUCCCCCCUGCCGACAAGGAGCACAAAGACGUCGCCAUCCUGUUCAUUCCCGACGUUUUUGGCAUCUGGCAGAACAGCCAGCUCAUUGCCGACCAGCUCGCCGCCAAUGGCUACCGCACUCUCAUAAUUGACGUCCUCAAUGGCGACCCAAUCGAGCUCGAUAUGCCCAAAAACUUCGACUUCAUGAAGUGGCUCACCCAGGGCUCCGACGGGAAGAACCCCCAUACCAAGGAGGCCGUCGACCCCAUCGUCGAGGCCGGCAUCCAGGAGCUGAAGAGCCAGGGCGCGAAGAAGAUUGGCGCCGUAGGAUACUGCUUUGGUGGAAAGUACGUCGUCCGCCACUACAAGUCCGGAAUCGAUGUGGGCUAUGUCGCCCAUCCGUCCUUCGUCGACGAGGAGGAGCUCGAGGCCAUCACGGGCCCGCUCUCCAUCUCGGCGGCCGAGACGGACAGCAUCUUCCCCGCCGAGAAGCGACACAAGUCGGAGGAGAUCCUCCAGAAGGUUGGCCAUCCCUACCAGAUCAACCUCUUUUCGGGUGUCACGCACGGCUUCGCUGUCAGGUGCGACCUGAGCAUCCGGGCCCACCGCUGGGCCAAGGAGCAGGCGUUCGUGCAGGCUGUCCAGUGGUUCGAUGAGCACCUGGCUGGAGAGGCUGGGGCGAAGCUCUGA